GCCUCAGAAACACACCUCCUACUCUCCUUUUCCCUUUCCCUUGAAGUGGGUUGGGUUCAUUUUGGGCUGGUUUUGGUCAAUUGGUCUGGUGUUUGGUGAGUGGACUUGGCAGCACAGAUUGGAGUGGUUUUCGCCAGUCGUAGUGGACCUCGUAGAGUUGGUGGAUUAUUUUGACUGGACCUGUCAGUAUUCUUUUGACCCAUUUCAUCUCUGCGGAACCGGCGUUCUUUUGGUCCAAAAAAUACUCGGCAGCCACAACAACGAUUCAGUAAACUAGAAAAUGCCGGCUGUUUCGAAGGGAGAUGGAAUGCGAGGUUUGGCGGUGUUUAUAUCCGACAUCAGAAACUGUAAAAGUAAAGAAGCAGAGAUAAAGCGAAUAAACAAAGAGCUAGCUAAUAUUCGUUCAAAGUUUAAAGGUGAUAAGGCAUUGGAUGGAUACAGUAAGAAGAAAUAUGUCUGCAAACUACUGUUUAUUUUUCUUCUGGGACAUGACAUUGAUUUUGGACAUAUGGAGGCUGUUAAUCUACUUAGUUCCAAUAAAUACACUGAAAAACAAAUUGGUUACCUGUUCAUCUCUGUACUGGUGAAUUCUAACAGUGAGUUGAUCCGGCUAAUUAAUAAUGGUAUCAAGAAUGACCUGGCUAGCCGAAAUCCCACCUUCAUGAAUCUUGCCUUACAUUGCAUUGCUAAUGUGGGCAGUCGAGAAAUGGCAGAGGCCUUUGCAGGAGACAUUCCCAAGAUUCUAGUAGCUGGAGACACCAUGGACAGUGUAAAACAGAGUGCCGCCUUGUGUUUGUUGAGGUUGUAUCGGACAUCUCCCGAUUUAGUUCCAAUGGGAGAGUGGACUUCCCGAGUGGUUCAUUUGCUGAAUGAUCAGCAUUUGGGAGUUGUUACAGCUGCUACUAGUUUGAUUACAACCCUUGCACAGAAAAACCCAGAAGAGUUCAAGACAUCUGUAUCUUUGGCAGUGUCGCGGCUAAGCAGGAUUGUAACAUCAGCAUCAACAGACCUCCAGGACUACACUUACUACUUUGUUCCUGCUCCUUGGCUGUCUGUGAAACUUCUUAGGCUCUUACAGUGUUACCCUCCUCCUGAGGAUGCAGCAGUCAGAGGACGCCUGACAGAAUGCCUGGAAACUAUCCUAAAUAAAGCACAGGAGCCACCUAAAUCAAAGAAGGUUCAGCACUCCAAUGCAAAAAAUGCCGUCCUUUUUGAAGCAAUCAGCUUAAUAAUACACCAUGACAGUGAGCCUAAUCUGCUGGUGCGAGCCUGUAAUCAGCUGGGACAGUUUUUGCAACAUCGUGAGACUAAUCUACGAUACCUUGCACUAGAAAGCAUGUGUACACUAGCAAGUUCUGAAUUCUCACAUGAAGCAGUCAAGACUCAUAUUGAGACUGUCAUUGGUGCUCUUAAGACUGAAAGGGAUGUUAGUGUGAGACAACGAGCUGUUGACUUGCUGUAUGCCAUGUGUGACCGAAGUAAUGCUCAACAGAUUGUAGCAGAAAUGUUGAACUACCUGGAGACAGCUGAUUACUCUAUAAGGGAAGAGAUUGUGCUGAAAGUAGCAAUUCUAGCUGAAAAGUAUGCUGUGGAUUACACGUGGUAUGUAGACACAAUCCUGAACUUGAUUCGCAUUGCAGGAGACUAUGUGAGUGAGGAGGUCUGGUACAGAGUCAUACAGAUUGUCAUCAAUCGGGAAGAUGUUCAAGGCUAUGCUGCUAAAACAGUCUUUGAGGCCCUGCAAGCACCAGCUUGCCAUGAAAAUUUAGUGAAAGUUGGAGGAUACAUAUUGGGAGAGUUUGGAAACCUGAUUGCUGGAGAUCGGAGAUCCAGCCCUUUGAUUCAGUUCAAUUUGCUACACUCUAAAUUUCACCUCUGCAGUGUGCCCACACGGGCCUUGCUACUUUCGACUUAUAUCAAAUUUGUGAAUCUGUUCCCGGAGAUCAAAACCACCAUCCAAGAUGUUUUACGAAGUGACAGUCAACUAAGAAAUGCAGAUGUGGAGCUUCAGCAGCGAGCAGUGGAAUAUCUGCGACUAAGUUGCAUUGCUAGUACAGACAUUCUGGCCACAGUCCUGGAGGAGAUGCCACCCUUCCCAGAAAGGGAGUCCUCUAUUUUGGCUAAGCUAAAGAAGAAGAAGGGUCCUGGAAUGGUUUCCGAGAUAGAAGAAACAAAGAAAGAGAGAAAUGUAGAAAUGAAUGGAAGUACAGAACCUGCAACAAACGCCAGCACUGUGACUCCUCUCUCCUCUUUUUUCCUGGACCUCCUUGCUCAGCCUGCCAUUGAACGUCCUCAUCCCACCAAGUCUUUACCACAGGCUCCUCUUUUACCUGCUUCCUUCUUAUUUCCAGGGACAUGCCCUCUUCUCCCUAAAAGAAGCCUUUCCUUUGAGUCCACGCCAUCUCCCUCUACUGACCUCCUUGGUAUAGAAUCUACAGCAGUCUUCAAUUCUGUGCCACUUAACUCAACAGGUGGUAGUCUUCUAGUAGAUGUUUUUUCAGAGAAUUCCGCACCAGUUGCAACACUUGCUUCAGCUGCAGAAGAGAAUUUUUCCAGGUUUGUAUGUAAAAAUAAUGGUGUUCUGUUUGAAAACCAGCUGUUGCAAAUUGGGCUGAAAUCAGAAUUUAGACAGAAUCUUGGUCGAAUGUAUGUCUUUUAUGGAAAUAAAACUUCCACACAGUUCUUAAGUUUCUCUUCAAAUGUGAUCUGUCAGGAUGGUCUUAAAAGUCAACUAAAUAUACAGACAAAACCAGUCGACCCAACAGUGGAAGGUGGUGCUCAGGUGCAACAGAUUUUGAAUAUUGAAUGUGUAUCAGACUUUACAGAGGCCCCAGUUUUAAAUAUUCAGUUUAGGUAUGGUGGAACUCUUCAGAAUGUCUCUGUUAAGUUGCCUGUUACACUGAACAAGUUUUUCCAGCCCACAGAAAUGACUUCUCAGGAUUUCUUCCAACGAUGGAAGCAGCUUAGCAAUCCACAGCAAGAAGUUCAGAAGAUUUUCAAAGCAAAACAUCCAAUGGAUACAGAGGUGACAAAAGCGAAGAUAAUUGGUUUUGGCGUGGCCUUGCUGGAUGGAGUAGAUCCCAACCCCUCCAACUUUGUUGGAGCUGGAGUUAUCCACACAAAGACAAUCCAAGUUGGCUGUUUGCUGCGCUUAGAACCAAAUACUCAAGCCCAGAUGUACCGCCUAACAUUAAGAACAAGUAGAGACACUGUAUCACAAAGGUUGUGCGGACUUCUUUCAGAACAGUUUUAAUUAACAGUCAUUUCUCAGUACCUUAACAGCAAAUUCUUACCCGGUCUUGCAGAGAUGCAAGCUUAUAAAACUUGUCCUGUUUGUACAAUUGUGCUUUUUUUAAUUGUUUCUCAUAAUCUAAACCGUUCCAUACUUUGUAACUUUUCUGACCCUCUUUCUCUAAUUGAUUUUCAAAUGAUACAAUGUACAGUGUAAAUUAAAAAAAUAUAACCGUUCUUGCCAUUUAGCUUUACUAAUUACAUGUUUACUAUGCUCCUUUUUAUUGGUAAGCAAAGCCUUUUUUGUUACAAAAUAUAUAUGUAUAAAAAAAGAGUAAAUUGAAUGUGACUGGAUUUUUUUGUGUUUUUGUCUUCAUAGUUUAGCCAUUGAUUCGAUCAAAUUAUGAAUUUGAUAGGACUUGUGUACUUGCCAGGUGUUUAGACUUUUUUAAAACAGCAUUGUUCAACGGUGACUGGCGAAUGUUUCUCUUAAAAAUCAACCUGCACUCCGCAGCAGGAGAAGCGAUGAAUGUGAUUCUGUUUACCAAUUUCUUUUUUCUUAAGAGAAUGUUAAAUUCUAAACAGUAAGAAAAUAUCCAAAUAUUUCACAAUUUCCACUAGAUUUCUGUGCCUAAAGUUCAGCCAAUCCCAAAGGUCUUUCCUGUUCUGGAGUAUCCAUGAUGUCCAGAUGUCUCCAUAGCACUGCACUGCCUAUCCCCUCUGUGCCUUUUAUUUUCAGAUUAUUUUCUGACAUUAUAAUGGACUUUCAGUCCCUUGAGACAUUUUGGCAUAUUUAUCGCCAGUGUCCACAUCAUAUUCUAACAAGUGCCCUUGCCUUUGAAGUGUUGUAUGCAAUGUUUGUAUUGUAUUUUUUAAUAAUUCAAAACCAUUUGAGGUAAAACGUUUUGCUUCACAGCCAAAUCAAGCCACUUCAGUGUUUGAUGGACAUAAAAGCAGCAGUCAUGAUGAGCGGAUGUUUGUUGUGAGAGGCCAUCUUUGACUGACAGUGUGCAGCAUUCACAUAUUACUGCCUUUUCUAGUCAUUGCGUCUUAAACCGCUACUUGCAAGUGUGGUUGGCAGGACAAGGCAGUCUGAAAUGAGUCAUGUGAUGGGUCAUGUCGGUGUGUAACGUUUUCAAUGAAAGAAAAUGUGAAAUAUAAGUUGCAUAAGACAAUGUCAUAUUUAAGAGCAUAAAGUUUACAAAGACACCAUUCAGCAAAUUCAGCUUGUUUGGUUAGCUAAUCUGCUCAAUUCUAUAAUAAUUUUAUAAAGGAAUUUCUUUUGAUAAGUAAAAACAUAAUAAAAAUAUGAUUACAAAAA